UGAAUGAAGCUGCACAACAGAGAACUUCUCUGUGCACUCAACGCAUUCAGGAAGUGUAGCAGAUAGAGCAACAAACUUGUGAGCUAACAGAUUCAGAGCGAGACGUCUGCUCAACUCGGGCCACCUUCUCGCCGGCACAUUGUGCGUUGCAUAUAAGCCCCCUGAUUUUGGCAGGUUAAGAGAUCCUAGGCAGUGGCUGCAGGGCCAGUUCACCGGAACAAAUUGAACGCUCAUUGUCCGGCCGCUUCGAGACAACCCCGAGUGAGCAGCUCGGACUCAACAUCCAUUCCGAACCCAAACGUGCCCAUGGCACCAAGCGGAGAAGUCGACGUUCAGGGUGCUGCCACAAGGAGCGCGCUUCCCAGAGGCCAGCCUCGCGCUGAGGGACCAGCAUGUGUGUUGGGCGUCGGCACUGCGGUGCCUCCCGCGGAGUUCCUGCAGAGCGAGUACCCCGACUUCUUCUUCAACAUCACCAACUGCGGCGAGAAGGACGCCCUGAAGGCCAAAUUCAAGCGCAUCUGUAAGUCCACCUCCACCGUAUGACUCUCUUAGCGGCUCGUGAUGUGCUCACUGUUCCACAAGCUACUAAUAUGUGGUUAACUUUUAAGUCUAAUCUUUAUAUAUAUGGAUCACAAGAACUUCAAGUACUUCA